UGCCUGACGGCUGUCGUGAAACGACGAGAGUACUGGAGCUGUGUGAGGAGCCCGGGCCCUGCCUCCGCCCUCUUCUGGGGGCACUGACUCCGCGACACUCCCCCUCUCCCGCCGCAUCGCACCCGGAGGAGGCGGUGGUGCUGCCGCUGUUUGCUAUGUAGGGGGCCUGGUGCGGGCGCAUCCGGAGGCCGCUGUCCGCCUCUUGAGCGAAGAGGCCCCCGGCUGCCGGGCCGGGGGGGGGUCCGGCGGGAUGUUCUCCAAGAAGCCGCACGGGGAUGUGCGGAAAUCCAUGCAGAAGGUGCUGGACACCCGCAAGGACCCGCUAACCCGCCUUAAGCACCUGCGCGUCCUCAUCGAGAAUGCAGAGUCCAAUGAUCUUAAACAGUUUUUUGACCUACACUUUUCACAUAUAUAUUAUGUGUUCUUUGAAAAUUUUGUGACUAUUGAAGUAGGUCUCAAACAAAAAGGUCACAAGUCUCAGAGGGAAGAAUUAGAUGCUAUACUUUUUAUUUUUGAGAAAAUUUUACAGCUUCUUCCAGAAAGGAUUCACCAGAGGUGGCAGUUUCAUAGUAUUGGCUUGAUUUUAAAGAAACUGCUUCACACCGGAAAUUCCUUAAAGAUCCGUCGAGAAGGUGUGCGUCUCUUCCUCUUGUGGUUGCAAGCACUUCAGAAUAACUGUAGUAAAGAACAGCUGUGUAUGUUUUCUUGCUUAAUUCCUGGAUUUUCAUCACCACAAUCUGAGUAUGGACCUCGAACACUAGAUAAUCUCAUUAACCCUCCACUUAAUGUACAAGAAACGCAAGUGACUGUAGAGGAAAUUACUCCACUUGUCCCUCCACAAUCAGGAGAUAAAGGACAAGAAGAUCUUACAAGCUACUUUCUAGAAGCACUUUUGAAAUACAUAGUAAUUCAGGUCAAGAGUUUAGAAUGGAAGAACAAGGAAAACCAAGAAAGGGGAUUUUCAUUCUUGUUUUCAUAUUUUAAAAAAUAUUACUUGCCUUAUAUUUUCCCAAACAUCUGUAAGGAGACCAGUUUGUAUAAUCCUGUACUUGAGAUACCACAAAUGAGACCAAAGCCACACUAUGUAAUGGUAAAGAAAGAUGCUGAAACCAAUGAAGCAACAUAUUGCACAAAGGAACCUUUCCUUAAGGCUCGUGUUAUUGUCAUUCGAUGGCUGGUAUCUUUCUGGCUUGAGCCAAAACCUCAUACAGGACCUCAUAUUCCUGGGAUGGAAGGUGGUGAAAUUGUGCCAAAGAAUAUUCAGAGAGCAGCUGCUAGCAUGGCUUCUAGAGAAGACAGUAAAAAUGACACUGCUGAUAGACCGGAUAGAAAUACAGAGCCAGAACAAUCUCAUUCUAAUACAAGCACCCUAACAGAGAGAGAACCAAGUUCCUCUAGCCUUUGUAGUAUUGAUGAAGAGCAUCUAACUGAUAUUGAAAUAGUCCGCAAAGUCUUUUCUUCUAAAAGAAGUAAUGUUAACUUUCUUACAGAGAUAUUUCGACAGGCAUUUUUGUUGCCAAUUUGCGAAGCAGCUGCUAUGAGGAAAGUGGUGAAGGUUUACCAGGAAUGGAUCCAACAGGAAGAUAAGCCUUUAUUUAUGAAAGAAUCUGAAGAAAUAUUGACAUCUGUAAAUAUAGAUUGUGAUGAAAAUGUUGCAGAACAUAAUUCAGCAGAGAAGGGAAAAGAGAGAGAUGAGGAAAAAAUAACAAACUCUGGUCAUGUUCGAAAUUCAAGUUGGACAAGAGAUGGCUGCUACCAAGAUGCUUCCCAUAAAACAUCUGAAAUAGAUAUCACUGAGCAAAAUAUACGAGCCGGAGUACAAUCAGUGUUACAGGUUUUUAUAAUAAACUCUUCAAAUAUAUUCCUUCUUGAGCCUUCAAAUGAAAUUAAAACUCUUUUGGAUGAACACACUGAUAUGUGUAAACGCAUUCUUAAUAUCUACCGUCACAUGGUGGUGCAAGUAACAAUGGACAAGAAGACUUGGGAGCAGAUGUUACUUGUGCUGCUCAGGGUCACAGAAUCUGUGCUGAAGAUGCCAUCCCAGGCUUUCCUGCAGUAUCAAGGAAGAAAGAACUCCACUUUAGCAGGAAGACUUGCAGGACCUCUUUUUCAGACUCUUAUAGUAGCCUGGAUCAAAGCAAAUCUAAACGUGUACAUCUCUCGAGAGCUUUGGGAUGAUUUGCUGUCUGUAAUGUCAUCACUGACAUAUUGGGAAGAGCUGGCCACUGAGUGGUCACUGACUAUGGAGACACUAACAAAAGUAUUAGCUAGAAACCUGUACAGCCUGGACCUCAAUGACUUACCACUGGAUAAAUUAAGUGAGCAGAAACAGAAAAAGCACAAAGGCAAAGGAGUUGGGCAUGAGUUCCAAAAAUCAUCUGUUGAUAAGUCCUUUUCUAGAGGUUGGAGCCGUGAUCAGCCUGGACAGGCACCAAUGAGACAGCGCAGUGCUACGACGACUGGAUCUCCAGGGACAGAAAAGGCAAGAAGCAUAGUACGGCAGAAAACAGUUGCCAUGAGAAGCCGAUCCAUUGGUGAAUGUGCUCUGCCAUCGGCCUAUAUACGCAGUGCUAAAAGUGCUCCUGUUCUGAUCCAUACUUCCAAACCCUUCUUGCCUGAUAUUGUUCUCACUCCCCUUUCUGAUGAGCUUUCAGACAUUGAUGAUGCUCAAAUUCUUCCACGUCCAUCUCGAGUCAGACAUUUUUCACAGAGCGAGGACCCUCCAAGCGAAGUUUUUGGUGCACUGAAUGAGGAACAGCCACUGCCAAGAAGUAGCAGCACGUCUGACAUCCUGGAACCAUUCACAGUUGAACGAGCCAAAGGUGCAGUUCCUGUCAUUGACAGUUCAUCCCAUCAUGCGCCAAGCUUACAGAGUUCCACUGAGACCUCUUCAAUAUAUAGAUCCACUGAAGGUCAUAUUACUGAUACGAAUAGCAGAGAGUCCUCCUUGGAAGUUGGGGAUAGUAUUUAUGACCAUCUCUGUCAUUUGAUAGGGCCGGUAGAUCUUGCAAAUACGUCUUUUGAACAAAGCCAGUAUGUUGACCUUGAAGGUGAAGAUGAUCUUCUUUCCUCUCUGAGAGAAUAUCUUAAGGAAAAAGAAGAACCUUGCAGUCACUAUGAGAUAGAUAAAUUUGAGGCUUCUCCUCCUGAAGUGAAUACAACAGAAAAUAGAAAUGAUAGUUUACAACUGGAUGAAUUAGAGCAUAGAGAUCAGACUGUUAAAUGUGCAAGUAGCAACACUGUUGCCGAAAGAGCUGAACACGUAGAACUACAACUAGAACAAAACCAAAGUGGCUUUAUAAGUAAUAUUGCACCUACCCAGGUAGACAGUUUUACAAGAAAUCAAGCGAUCGAAAAAGCCAAACAAUUAAAUAUUGAUAAACAAAAUGAAAGCUUAUUUGAGCAUGGGUCAAGUAGCCCUGAUAACAAAGAAAGAAAGCGAUACCUGUACAGACAAACAGCCACUGAAGUUGAUGUAGAUAUAGCUGUGGAACUAGCUUUAGCUGAAAAGCCUAGAAGUGCCCAGUUUAACGAGAAAAUAACCAACACACGUGUUAUGCAUGCAAAGAAAGUUCUACCUAAAGCACCAGUUAACCCUGAAAUGCCUCAUGCUACAGGCAAACUUUUACCAACUAAAAGGAGUAUAUCUGAAACAGUAACCCAUAAGGCCAAAAUCAUGAAAAUAACGGCUAAGAAACGAAAUAGCGUUCAUGUUACUUUUAGACCAUCUACUGAAUCUGUUCAAUUUUAUAACCCUUUAGAAAACAAAGAGGCCCCCUGGAGGGCAAGACUUCGUAAACUCGGUGGCUUCAGUAGUGGUAGCAGUAGCGGUAGCAGCAGCAGUAGCAGCACAAGCACCAGCUCAUCUGCUGUCUUGGAGCUAGUCAGACCAGGAAUAUAUAGACCUCUAGAUGCAGCCAAUGCCACUUCAGUUAGUAGUAAACAGACUAAGGAAUCCACAGAAGCUCAAACACCCAUGUUGCAGAAAGAAGGUAUUGCAGCUAAUCAGUUGCAUAAUCGUAGUGCACCUAGGUCAUCAGGUCAGGAGUCAGGACCACAACAGGGCUCCCUGGGUGGUGUUUAUAAAACUGUUGUACAUGCUCUUUCGAAGCCGAAGGCAAAUGUUUCCCCACAGAGGCAGAACAGAAUACCAGCAGAGGCUCCACUGAGGGAUCUGUACAGUCAUGUAAUGGGCUAUUUUGGAAGGAAAGCUGCAGCCAAUAGAGAGGACAUGAGUCAAAAGCUGCACCCUCUUGCUAGCGAUAUUGGCAGUAGCAAUACAAAUGUUCCUGACCUCAUGGAUGAGUUUAUAGCUGAGAGACUCCGCAGUGGUAGUGCAUUGAAUGUGACAAGAAGAGGGAGCAGUCCUGGCAGCUUGGAAGUUCCAAAAGACCUUCCUGAUAUAUUAAACAAGCAGAGCCAAAUGCGCCCUAUAGAUGAUCCAGGUGUGCCUUCUGAAUGGACGUCUCCUGCCAGUGCAGGAAGCAGUGACUUGAUCAGUUCAGAUAGCCAUUCUGACUCAUUCAGUGCUUUCCAGUAUGAUGGCCGCAAAUUUGAAAAUUUCAGUUUUGGCACUGAUGCUGGGACACCAGCUUCCAGUGAGAUUGAUGCAAUUUCAGGACAUCAACAGAGUGCCGAGGAACAGGAAGUGGCUAGUCUAACUACACUUCACAUUGAUUCUGAAACAAGCAGUCUUAACCAGCAACCAUUGUCUGCUGAAGCUACAACUAUUACUGGCUCUGAAAGUGCUUCUCCAAUCCAAUCUGCUCUUGGAUCCCGAUCACAGACACCUUCUCCUGCCACUCUGAAUGCAGAUCAUAUUGAGCAGAAGGAUCUGCAGCUGGAUGAGAAGCUCCACCACUCAGUUUUACAGACGCCAGAUGACCUAGAAACUAGUGAAUUCCCAUCAGAAUGUUGCAGUGUGAUGGCAGGGGGCACCCUUACAGGAUGGCAUGCAGAUGUUGCUACUGUAAUGUGGAGACGAAUGCUAGGGAUUUUGGGAGAUGUAAACACCAUUAUGGACCCUGAAAUUCAUGCGCAAGUUUUUGAUUACUUGUGUGAACUCUGGCAGAACCUGGCUAAGAUCAGGGAUAAUCUUGGUAUUUCAGCUGAUAACUUGACUUCACCCUCUCCACCAGUUUUAAUUCCACCACUGAGAAUUCUAACUCCAUGGCUUUUCAAGGCAACCAUGUUGACUGAUAAAUACAAACAGGGCAAGCUACAUGCUUAUAAGCUUAUUUGUAAUACAAUGAAGCGAAGACAAGAUGUUUCUCCAAACAGGGAUUUUUUAACUCAUUUUUACAAUAUAAUGCACUGUGGACUUCUUCAUGUUGAUCAGGAUAUUGUUAAUACAAUCAUCAAGCACUGCUCUCCUCAGUUCUUUUCACUUGGUUUGCCUGGUGCAACCAUGCUUAUUAUGGAUUUCAUUAUUGCAGCUGGUAGAGUGGCUUCUUCGUCUUUUCUUAAUGCACCAAGAGUAGAAGCACAAGUUCUGCUGGGAUCUCUGGUCUGCUUUCCCAACUUAUAUUGUGAAUUGCCAGCUCUACACCCAAACACUCCUGGCAUAGUUGUGUCUCAUUUCACAGAUGUUAAGGAACUCACAAUCAAAACUGUAUUAAGUUCUGCAAGAGAGGAGCCAUCUGGCCCUGCACGAUGUGUUGCUCUUUGCAGCCUUGGCAUUUGGAUCUGUGAGGAACUGGUUCAUGAAUCACAUCAUCCUCAGAUCAAGGAAGCACUGAAUGUGAUUUGUGUCUCUUUGAAGUUUCCAAAUAAAACAGUUGCACAUGUUGCCUGCAAUAUGCUUAACAUGCUGAUUCAUUAUGUAUAUAGGCUUCAAACAUACCAAGCUGAUUCACCUUUAAAAAUUAUUCAAAUCCUGAUAGCAACUAUUACUCAGCUUUUACCCAAUACAGAAGCUUCCUCUUAUGAACAGGACAAAAGGUUGGUGGUUUCUUUACUUCUCUGUUUAUUGGACUGGAUAAUGGCCUUGCCUUUAAAGACCUUACUGCAACCUCUUCACACCACAGGAGCUGAAAAUAAGACCGAACAAUCUGUUCUUAAUAGUGUAUAUAAGGUUCUGCAUGGAUGUGUCUAUGGAGCUCAGUGUUUCAGCAACCCAAAAUAUUUUCCUUUAAGCCUUUCUGAUUUGGCAUCUGUGGAUUAUGAUCCUUUUAUGCAUUUAGAAAGCCUGAAAGAACCAGAACCACUACAUUCCCCUGAUUCAGAGCGAUCUUCUAAGCUCCAGCCAGUCACAGAAGUGAAAACUCACAUGCAACAAGGCUUAAUCUCCGUUGCUGCUCGUACUGUGAUAACACAUCUGGUGAACCACUUAGGCCACUAUCCAAUGAGUGGAGGCCCUGCUAUGCUAACCAGCCAAGUUUGUGAGAACAAUGACAAUCCUUACAGUGAAAGUCCUGAGCUUUCUCCUGAACUUUUUGAGAGCCCAAACCUCCAGUUCUUUGUAUUAAACAACACUACUUUAGUCUCUUGUAUACAAAUCCAAGCAGAAGAGAAUAUGCCUGGAGGAGGAUUGUCUGCUGGACUUGCAUCUGCUAAUUCGAAUGUCAGAAUUAUAGUGCGUGAUCUGUCUGGUAAAUACUCAUGGGAUUCUGCCAUUUUGUAUGGGCCAUCGUCUUUAUGUGGAUUAUCAGAACAUACUUUUUUGGCACUUUCUGUAUUUCAGCAAGAGAAACCAGAAGAUGCCCCAUCAUCUGAUCAUGUAGAGGCUGUAUCUGUAAGGGAUGGAAUUGCACUUGAAGUAAAAAGGAAAUUUAGAGAAACUGUGCCAACUUGGGAUACAAUUAGGGAUGAAGAAGAUGCUCUUGAUGAGCUGUUACAUUAUUUAGGUGUCACUAGUCCUGAAUGCUUACAGAGAGCAGGAGUCUCACUGAACAUACCUGCUCCUCAACCUAUCUGCAUCUCAGAGAAACAGGAAAAUGACGUCAUCAAUGCAAUUCUUAAACAACACACAGAAGAGAGAGAAUUUGUUGAAAAACACUUCAGUGACUUAAACAUGAAGGCUGUGGAACAGGAUGAGCCAACUCCACAAAAGCCCCAAUCAGCAUUUUACUAUUGCAGAUUACUUCUCAGUAUAUUGGGAAUGAAUUCGUGGGAUAAAAGAAGGAGCUUUCAUCUCCUGAAAAAAAAUGAAAAGUUACUUCGAGAACUUAGAAAUUUGGACUCAAGACAAUGCCGAGAGACACACAAGAUUGCAGUAUUUUAUGUUGCUGAGGGACAAGAAGAUAAACACUCCAUCCUCACUAACACUGGAGGAAGCCAAGCCUAUGAGGAUUUUGUAGCAGGCCUGGGUUGGGAGGUGAAUCUCACAAACCAUUGUGGCUUUAUGGGAGGAUUGCAAAAAAACAAAAGCACUGGAUUGACCACUCCAUAUUUUGCUACCUCUACAGUGGAAGUAAUGUUUCAUGUGUCAACAAGAAUGCCUUCUGAUUCAGAUGACUCUCUAACAAAAAAGCUAAGACAUUUAGGAAAUGAUGAAGUGCACAUUGUCUGGUCAGAGCAUACUCGAGACUACAGAAGAGGAAUAAUUCCUACAGAAUUCGGUGAUGUUCUUAUUGUUAUCUAUCCAAUGAAAAACCACAUGUUCAGUAUCCAGAUCAUGAAAAAACCAGAGGUUCCAUUCUUUGGUCCACUCUUCGAUGGCGCUAUUGUUAAUGGAAAAAUUCUUCCGAUUAUGGUUCGUGCAACAGCUAUAAAUGCAAGCCGAGCGCUGAAAUCACUGAUUCCAUUAUACCAAAACUUUUAUGAGGAGAGAGCUCGAUAUCUGCAAACAAUUGUUCAACACCAUCUAGAACCCACAACUUUUGAGGACUUUGCUGCUCAGGUUUUCUGUCCAGCACCCUAUCACCAUUUGCCCUCUGAUUCAGAAAGAAAUGCUGUGAUAUUUCUUCUCCUUCUAAAACCUCCACUAGAAAGCACUGGCCACAUCAAGGCUUCUGCCCAGAGACCCAGCCAGGCGAAAUUCCAGCAGCAGCAGUGCAGGUGGACGGGACCGAUUUAGCCUCUCCAAUGUCUCCUCGGACUAGCAAGAGCCGAAUGUCCAUGAAACUUCGCCGCUCCUCUGGCUCAGCCAACAAAUCCUAAACAUUGAGAAACUUGCAGCUUUCUAAUGAACAGUGAUCAGCAACCCCCUAACGCACUGACUCUCUGCUUUCAGUUAAAGGAAAAUGUCCCUGAUAUGUGUGUCUCCCAUAGCUAGCACAGCCUUUUCCUGUACAUUUAUUUUAGACAGCGACACUGGAAUUUUAUUUGUAAUUUAAUAUUUUAGCUUUUGUUAUUUUUUUUAAUAAAACUCCAGGCUGCCAUAUUAUUUUCAGUGUAGUUUCUUCUCUGCACUUUUUACCUUCCAGGAUGAUGAUGUCUAACAUAGCCACUUUUAACGCUGUUGUUAAUCUCAAGCCACACACGGAAUUGGAGACUGCAGUCUUAUUACAUUAUAUUUAUUGUGCCCCCAUUGAAAUUUUCUUUGUAACAGAAAUAAAUAAAUAUGUACAAUUUGAAAAUGAAUGUACAAUUUUAAAUUGAAAAUGCAUUUGUAACGUCCUCAUCAAAUGUCACAGAUAGUGUUAAUGCACAGGAUGUGUACAGAUUAUUUAUGUUAUAAGAAUAAAAUACUUAAAAUAAAUGGUCUUUUAGCAUUUCAGAGUUCAAAUGAGAGAAUUUGCUAGCAGCACCAACUCCUUCACAAUGUAAUGUAUCAUUUCAUAACUGUGCAGGUGAUGCCAUAACGUAUGCCCAAAUACAAGAAAAAUCACUGUGCUGAAAUUCUAUUUAUGCUUGGCUUCCAAAUAUUUUUAUAAUGUUUGCUUUUCUGAGUGGUAUCAAUAGUCAAUUCUUUUCUGAAGCUGUGGCCUUUAUCAUCAGGCUGCAGAGUUUAGAUCUAUAUUACUCUUUCUUACAUAAAAGCACUUUUCUUUUGUAAAUUCAUUGCUACAGUGAUGUGUACUUUUGAAGAAAAGGGAACAUUCUCCAGGAGUCUGACCUGAAAUGCUGGGGGGUUUUCUAACCAUAUAGGUGCAGAUUAGUACACAUUCCACCCAACCAGAGGUAUUUUCCUACAGGCGAUGAAAUGCUCACAUUUGUUUUGAGUUGGGCAUAUUCUGUUAUAACGAAAUGUAGCAUGGCAUUGGUACUAACUGCAUGUGUAAAUAUACCAUAAGGCAACAAUAGAAAUAUAAAUUAUGUAUUGUCAUUCAUGUAGUAUCUACAAAUUUGUAAUGGUUAAAGAGAAGACAUGCUAUUUAAUAAUACAAUAAAAUUAUUCUUACCACCUU